AUCACCGCCCGACCUGAAUCUGGGGAGAAGGGAUCCCAGAGACCGUCACGGAGAUGCAGGUCGAGUCUCAUCUCACGUGUAUGAGUUUCUUGGUGACCUGCAGCUUAAUGUGUGAACUGGGCGCUGGCUGGCUUACACAGUAACACUCCAAGAGAGUAUGCAAGAUGGCUGACCAGAGUAACAUCCAAUCGGCAGCUUCCAAGAGCAUCCGCCCAUUCCGUUCCAGCGAGGAGUAUCUCUACGCCAUGAAAGAGGACCUGGCUGAAUGGCUGAACACCCUCUACGACCUUGAUAUCCAGGUGGAGAACUUCAUGGAUGCUCUGGAGACUGGCUACGACCUCUGCCAGCAUGCAAACAACGUCAACCGCAUAGCUCUGGAGUUCCAACAGCUGCACCCGGAAGCAGCUGCUAGGAUGAAGAUUCCACAGAAGGAGGUCAUCUUCCAGGCAAAAAAUGUGGUGCCUGGCUCGUUCAUUGCCAGGGAUAACAUCUCCAACUUCAUCCAGUGGUGCCGUCAGGAACUAGGCAUCCAGGACGUCCUGAUGUUUGAAACGAAUGACCUGGUGCUGAAGAAGAAUGAGAAGAACUUUGUCCUCUGCCUUCUGGAGGUGGCCAGGAAAGGCUCCAAGUUUGGCAUGCUGGCUCCCAUGCUCAUCCAGAUGGAGGAAGAAAUCGAGGAGGAAAUGAGAGAUCAGGUCACCUAUGGAGAGUUGGAGACUGAGCAGACGAGUGAAGAUCUAGGGCCCCAGUCGCCUGUCUACCCAAGCAGGACUCAGAGAAUAACUUUGUGUGACCUCAAGAAUCUGGAUGAGCUGGUAAGGGAGAUUCUGGGGCACUGCACCUGCCCUUCACAGUUCCCCAUGGUCAAGGUCUCGGAGGGCAAAUACAAAGUGGGAGAUUCCAACGCGCUGAUCUUCGUUCGAGUACUGAGGAGUCACGUAAUGGUACGUGUCGGUGGUGGCUGGGACACUCUGGAGCACUACCUGGACAAACAUGAUCCAUGCCGAUGUAAUUCUCUCUCCCACCGUCUGACUCAGUCACGAGGACUUGCCUUCUCUCCGCAAAAGAUGGCAACUCCAGGCAGCCCCCAAGCCGCCAGCCCCAGCACCCAGCGCCGGGCCGAAGCGAUGAACCUGCACAAGUCCUCUGAACCCCUCCGUGUGGGGGAUAAGCGUCUUGGGGGUGGAGGCGAUGCAAAUCUUGCCAAGGGGAACCGUCCAGGCUACCCAGCGAAAGGAACGGGAGAUUCCGCUGCUCUGAGGCAGGUGUCUGGUGCUGCAUCAACCGUGAGGCACAACGGGCUGCCCAUGAGGUCUGGUCCAUCUGCCCAGAGCUCUGCCAGUCCCUCAAGGGGGACCACAGCCCAGACCCACCGGGACAACUGGGACCCACGGGGCUCCAACACCCUGAGGCCCCCUAGAGCCCGUCGCCUUUCGGGAGACAGCGAUUCCUCAGCAUCAUCAGUGCAAAGCGGCACUCUGCCCAGGAGACGUAAUGAAGAUGGCAGUUUGACGGUCAGGAGGGAGCCUGGGAGGCGGAUCUCUGAAAGAGCUGGUCUGCACGCCAGUGCCAGUCCCAAGAGGCUACCAGACAGUCGCAGCCAAUCACGAGAGCGGGCCAACUUGCCAAGGCCUUCCCCAGGGGCCAAGAGGACUGAUGCAGAAGAUCGGGGCCGUCCCCGGAUGCCUAAUGGGCCUAGCCAGCCAGUGGCCCAGGGCCCUCGCCCAAGAGCCCGCAGCCAGGGGAGGCCUGUUGGGGAACCCGUGCUUCUUAUCAGGCGCGGGAAGGACGGGCAGCACUCCUGGGCACGAGCUGAAGACCCGAAGGAGAACUCGGGAGGCUCUGGCAGAGUCACCCCCAGGACCAAGAGCCCAGCAAGGGGUCACUGUGUUUCCGUAGGUUCCAGGAGUCCAGCACUCACCAGUCGAAGGGGGUCUCUUCCCACCACCAAAGUGACAGACCCCUCAGCCCGAGUACCUCCCUCAGCUUCUGGGCCCCAGAGGCAGCGGCAGCCAUGUCUGGCGGUGCCACGAGUCCCUUCAAGGGAGCGACGGUCCGGGGAGACCUUGCAUGCCCGGCAGCCCUCCGACAGUCUGGGACAAGAGUUGGAGGGACUGACCCAGACCUUUCGCACCCCGCUGCGCCUGGACCCAAGCCAAGAGCAGCAGCUUUACCGGCGGCUGGAAGAGGAGUUUCUGGCCAAUUCCCAAAUGAUGGGCCUGCAGGAGGACGAGGAGCAAGAACAGGUGGAGCCUCUGGGUCGAGGCUGCGAGGGCCCUCGACUCCUGCAGACCACCCCGGACCAAGGAGCUGCUGACUCCGCCUACUGUUCCUCCAGCUCUUCCUCGUCCUCCCUCAACUUCUUCAGCAAGUACGGCUUCCAGGCCGAGCCCAAAGACGAACCCAAGAGGAACCCUGCCUCCCAGAAGGCCUGGGCCUCUGAUAUGGGUGCAGCUCCCUCCGACCUCCACAAUGGCUCUGCUGACACUGCUGACCUCUGGGACUCUCCUGCAACUCUGGAGCGAGCCACGCGCUGGCGGAAGCCGGCCCUGUCCAGUUCCUCCGAUGAGAGCAACUGCUACAUGGGCCUGCAAGAGGUCCAGGAAGGAGUGGAACUUCCCGAGCCCCGAGCAGGCAGUCCAUGGGGCGCUGUGGAACUGAUGGCCUCCGAUGCAGACUCGGAGUAUUUGCCCCACGAAUUUGACGAGGAGCCUCCGGUACGGCCCCUCGACGGGUCCCCGGGAACUCCUCCCCCUGAGGAAGUCGUUCUCAGGCCCAAAUCAUCCCUGAAGAAACCCGACCGUGUGCCUUCCAUCUAUAAGCUCAAGUUGCGUCCCAAGAUCAAGCCCCGCACAGACUCCCAGCCGGACAAGAAGCCGACAAAGAUCCCCACGCCCCUCAGCUACAAGGCCGUGGGGGCCAGCAAAUCCCCAGCGGGGGGCGCCUCGCCCAAGGACAGUCCUUCCAAGCGCCAGGCCGAGCACAGAGCCUGGGCGGCUUUCCAGAACGUGUUCUCCUCCUUUGUGGAGCCUGCCCGGGGCCCAGCAGAGUCGGGGGUGGCCGACGAAGGCACAUGGGCCUAAGGGUCGCUGGAAGAGAGUGGGGCCUGUGCUGGCUUGGCUGUUGCAGCUGCUUCCGUUGCCCCGCCCUUCCCUCCUCCUCCUCCUCCUGCUGCUGCCUUGGGCAUCUUUCCUUUGUGACCUUGACAUUGCUGCUGUUUUGAAAAGCUGGGGGGGUGGCUCUUAUCCUAAAGGUGGUACUUCCGUUUUGUUUGUUUUUUUCCAAAAACUGAGGCUGGAGGACAGCAUGGCUUUUUGAUUUCCUUGUCUGUGAAAUGCUUUUAGGGGUGGGUGGUGGGAGAGUCCGUGAGCACUGGAUCCAUGGAGGGAGGUUGGAGGAGACUCCAGGGACAGCCUGAAAAUCUCUGGGGCUGCAGAUCUCCCCGUGUAAUACUAUUACAAUACUUCACGAAUCUCCCUGUUGUAAUACUAUUGAUUCCCCCCCCCCUUAGCCUUCCGAAUUCAAUAGCACUUUGACUCUCCAAACCUCGCGGCUCUCCUGGUCACGCCCUGUCUCUCCCUGGGGAGAAGGGCCGACCCCCUGGGCUCGUGGGGGACGGGAGUCCUGCAAACCCUUCUUGACGAGGGGAUGAGCGUGCAUGGGAUGGGGGAGGGGCCUGCGGCGAGUGCCUCUCCAAGUAUGCAAGGGGGGGGCUUUAUUAUUAUUUUUUAAAAGGAGCUUCUCUUUUAACGGAUUAUAUUUUUAACGAGACGUGCGUUUUGGAGAGGAGGUUGGGGAGGGGAACGCUGAAGUCUUGCACAUGAAUUUCGCUUCAGCGGGACCCUCUCGACUUCCCGGGAACCCAGGCCAUUAGAGUUUCCCCUCGAUGUACUGUAGGUGUGUUUUAAUAAAUCUAUGCAUAUUUAUAUAAGUAAUAAGGUGGCGCCGCACUUAGUCACGAGUGCUGCCUCCUCUAGAGCGCCCGCCCGCCCGCCAUCCGACCCCACGAAUGUAGCUAACGGAACUGACCUGGGAGCUCUCGAAACCCAGACAGUAAAA